AUGUCUUCAACUGGACAUCAAACAAGACAAAAUUUGAAGCAGUCAACUGUUACACCCCUGGCGCCUCCUCCAUAUGCCACUGUCAGUUCUGCCCCCACAUUAUCAAGUCUUCCCGUCAGUGACGAUGAACUUGCUGGACUUCGUGGAUACGAUGUCGUAUACAUAGUGGAUGAUUCGUCAUCCAUGUCAUGGGAGGAGAGUGUUUCAAAAAUCAUUCCGUGGCCCCAUGCCAGAGAUGCGCUCAUCACCUUCUCCACAUUAUGUGCUCAAUGGGACGAAGAUGGACAGGAUGUGUAUUUUCUCAAUCGAAAUGAGCCAGUGCUCAAUGCUACACCGCAACAAAUAGCUGAAGUGUUCAACCUGACGCUUCCAAAUGGAGGGACCAAUAUGGGUGCUCGGCUUGCCAAGAUUGCUAGAGCCUACUUUGAAGAGUAUGAUGCUGGAGAAGUGAAGCCAAUGAACAUUAUUGCUAUCACCGAUGGCCAAUUUUCAGACGAUGUGAUCAGUGUGAUCAAGUGGAUUGUUGUCCAAUUAGAUAAAAGAGAUGCAUUACCCAACCAGAUCGGAAUUCAGUUUGUACAAAUCGGUGCAGACCGGGCAGCAACCAAGUGCUUGCAAAUGUUGGAUGAUGAUCUAGAAGAUAUGGGACUUUCCAGAGACAUUGUCGACACGGUGCCAUGGAGUCCCAGGAAGGUUGAUGGGCCUGGUUUUGAUGGUAAAUAUUUGAUCAAGGUUGUAUGUGGAGCUAUCAAUAAGAAGAUUGAUAACCAAGGGAGAAGAAAGAAGGGCACUAAGGGCACAGAAAAGCCUCAGAAGAAGAAGAGCAUGUUGAGACGGAUGUUUUCUUAG